ACGCCCUUGUGGCUUCCAGCACAUGCCUGUACGGUCUGGUCGAGGAUCCGGGAAGGUUGGCAUUCAGAAAAGGAAAGGGAGCGCGCACAUCAUGAUCUGAGACCUCAUCGCAUGAAAGCCGAACACUCAGAUUCUCAACUCCAGCUCUCAUCCAAAAAAAGGCAUCAUGAUUCCUGUGAUGGAAUUCCGGCAGUUCACUGAACAGCAGCCAGCGUUCAGAGUCCUGAAGCCAUGGUGGGACGUGUUCACCGACUAUCUGUCUGUAGUCAUGCUCAUGAUUGGUGUCUUUGGAUGCACUCUUCAGGUAAUGCAAGAUAAAAUCAUAUGCCUUCCUAAGACAAUGUCGAACACAAGUGAAGUGGAAGUGAAGUCACUGUUGCACCUGCAAUCCAAUAUUUCAGCGGUACCAAGAGAAAUGACGGGCCGGAAAACCAAUCUGGAUUUCCAACAGUACACUUUCAUCAAUCACAUGUGUUAUGAGAAGGCUCUGCAUUGGUAUGCCAAGUACUUUCCUUAUUUGGUUCUUAUACACACUCUAGUUUUCAUGGUGUGCAGCAACUUCUGGUUCAAAUUCCCUGGCUCGAGCUCAAAAAUAGAGCAUUUUAUCUCCAUGCUUAGCAAGUGCUUUGACUCUCCCUGGACCACACGAGCUUUGUCAGAGGUGUCCGGAGAAAAUCCUGAAGAAACGGACCAUACAAAGAGCAGCACUCCUAGGUCCAACAUUGAUGUGUCUCCCAGAGAAGGAAGCUUGGAAGAGACACAGUCCCUCCGGUCCAUCCCCGAAAAGAUUGUCAUUGACAAGCCAUCAGCAAGUGUUCUUGAUAAAAAAGAGGGUGAACAAGCUAAAGCUCUUUUUGAAAAGGUAAAGAAGUUCCGUCUGCAUGUUGAGGAAGGAGACAUCCUCUACCUUAUGUAUGUUCGCCAGACAGUGGUUAAAGUGUUUAAAUUCGUCCUGAUCAUUGCCUAUAAUAGUUCUCUAGUGGACAAAGUGCAGAAUAAAGUGUGUUGCAAAGUUCAGGAUGUCCAGGACAUGACAGGCUAUAAAGACUUUCAGUGCAACCACACGAUGGCUCAUCUGUUUUCCAAGCUUUCUUACUGUUACCUGUGUUUAGUGGCUGUCUAUGGAUUAACAAACCUGUACACCUCUUACUGGCUGUUUUACCGUUCACUGAAAGAAUACUCCUUUGAGUAUGUGCGACAGGAAACGGGCAUCAGUGACAUACCAGACGUCAAGAAUGACUUUGCUUUCAUGCUGCACAUGAUUGAUCAGUAUGACCCAUUGUAUUCUAAACGAUUUGCAGUUUUUCUAUCCGAGGUCAGUGAGAACAAACUGAAACAGCUCAACCUCAACCAUGAGUGGACCGCGGAGAAACUGCGUCAGAGACUCCAGACUAACGCCAACAACAGACUUGAACUUCAGCUUUUCAUGCUGCCUGGGUUACCUGACACUGUCUUUGAGUUGACAGAGCUGCAGUCGCUCAAGCUUGAGAUCAUCAACAAUGUCACCCUCCCUGCCUGCAUCUCUCAGCUGGAAGACCUUCAGGAGCUGUCUCUUUACCAAUGCUCUUUGAAGUCGCACACAACAGCUACCUCUUUCCUCAAAGAGAACCUGAAAGUGCUUCGUGUGAAGUUCGAUGAUAACAGGGAACUUCCAAACUGGAUGUACGGCCUGCGCAACUUAGAGGAGCUCUAUCUCACCGGAUCUUUAAGCCCCGAUGCCUCCAAAAAUAUAGGCCUAGAGUCGCUGAGGGAGAUGAAGGCUUUGAAAACCCUGUACCUUAAGAGUAAUUUCACCAAGAUACCCCAGUCUAUAGUGGAUGUUUCCAGCCAUCUGCAGCGGCUGUACAUACACAAUGAUGGCACUAAGCUAGUAAUGCUCAACAACCUGAAAAAGAUGUCACUUCUGAUCGAGCUGGAGCUAGUGCACUGUGAUCUGGAACGCAUCCCACAUGCCAUCUUCAGCCUGACGAAUCUGCAAGAACUUGACCUGAAAGAAAAUAACCUUCGCUCAAUAGAGGAGAUUAUCAGCUUCCAACAUCUUCGAAAGCUCACAUCGCUCAAACUUUGGCACAAUGGCAUCAUGUACAUCCCGGAGCAUAUCAAGAAGCUUGGCAGCCUAGAGCGCCUUUACUUCAGCCACAACAAGAUCGAGAUACUGCCUUCACACCUGUUCUUGUGCAACAAGCUGCGUUACCUGGAUGUGUCCAACAAUGACAUCCGAUUCAUCCCUCCUGAAAUUGGAGUCCUUCAGAGUCUACAGUAUUUCGCUGUCUCCUGUAACAAAAUCGAAAAUCUACCGGAUGAGCUUUUCUUUUGCAAAAAGCUCAAAACGCUAAAGCUCGGCAAAAACUCGCUGUCCAUACUCUCGCCAAAGAUUUCCUACUUAGCUCUACUGACACACUUGGAGCUCAAAGGGAACCACUUUGAGCUUCUGCCACAAGAGCUCGGUUGCUGUCGUGCUUUGAAGCGCAGUGGCCUUAUAGUGGAAGAGACACUUUUUGAAACUCUGCCUUCAGAUGUCAGGGACCAAAUGAAGGCGGAGUGAGAUGCCUUACUGUAGCCACAGUGCCUGCUGUUUGUUUUGUAUAAACUCAUUACCAUACUCAAGUAUUACACUACUGUUAAGGAAAUUAAGAGUUAUGUUUCCAGUUUCCUUAAGAGAGGGAAGAAAAAAUGUAUUGUCACAUAGUGUGCCUGCAACAGGGUUGCUUGUUCUGUUUUUAUUUACUUUUGACAUAUUAUCAGGUCACAAAUCCUCCUUAAAGGAAUCAUUCAGCAUUUUGGGAACUACGCCCCUUUGAUUUCUUGCCGAGCUUUUAGAUGGUAAGAUUGAUAUCAGCCUCAUAUCUGUGUAUGUUUAAACAUGAAGCAGCAGCCAGCAGAUGCUUAGCUUAGCUUAGCACAAAGACUGGACUGGUCCAAAAGUGGGAAAAAAAAAAACACCCACUAGCACCUCCUGAAGCUAACAAAUUACCCAUGAUAGCUUGUUUGUUUAAUCCGUACAAAAAAAAAAUAUGUAAAAAUGAGAAAUUGUUUUAUGAGGAGUUACAUGCUGGACUAUUUUGUGCCCUGGUCCAGUUCAUGAAGCCUCUAAAUUAAAGAAUUAAUUAAAUUAAUUAAAGCUUUAGACACUGGGACAGAGCCAGGAAAGCCGCUUCCCCCUGCUUCAAGUUUUUAUGCUAAGUUAACUGUCUGUCGGCUGUACCAUUUAACAUUUUGCAUACAGACAUGAGAACAUUAUUGAUAUUCUCAUCUAACUGCAAGGAAGCAAAUAAGCCUUUUUUUGAAGAACUUUUCUUGUCACUACUACAUAAAGUAAUUUCAUUACUGAUUGUAAAUCUAAACUGAGGAGCUUUCUUAGUUUAGGCCUGUAGCCUUACAAUUACUGUUUUUAUAUAUUUUAUGCUGCCUGUAUAAAGUGUGUUAUUUUCUUCAAGAGACUGUUAGUUCACAUAGACCGCAGCAGGGAAAAUGCAAAAAACUAAGGAUAUAACAUACAUAAGCACAUAUUAUACCUUGGCAAAACAAUUCUGUAUUAUAGAAAGAUUACAUUUUAAAGUGCAUUAAACUUUUAGGACUGGAUAGGUCAUACUGGUGGUUUUCUUCAGCUCUUGGAAUGUGCACAGUAUGCAGCUUAUUACAGAAUUUUUUUUUUUUUGAAACAGUAUUUUUAUGUUGUUGACCAAUAAAAUUGAUUUAUUUGUAAA